UCGGCGGGCUGGAAGGAGUCGGGCGAGGCUCAGGCUUUAGAAGAAGGCGUGGCCACCCUGGAUAGGCGUGGCAGUCAGGGAGUGGGACGCGGCGCGAAGCUGGGCGGGUCCGCGGCGUAGCGGGCAGCGUGGACGCGGCCGCGCAGCGGCUCCUUUAAGCCUCCGGCACCGCCCCCACCGCCCCGCCCCCGGCGCGGCCUGGGUCUGGUUGGUGGUGGGUUCGGGUCCGCGCCGGCCGCGAUGGAGCUGCACAUCUUAGAGCACCGGGUGCGGGUGCUGAGCCUCGCCCGUCCCGGUCUCUGGCUCUAUACCCACCCGCUCAUCAAGCUGCUCUUCCUGCCCCACCGCAGCCGGUGCAAGUUCUUCAGCCUGACGGAGACCCCUGAGGAUUACACGCUCAUGGUGGACGAGGAGGGCUUCAAAGAGCUGCCCCCAUCUGAGUUCCUGCAAGUGGCUGAGGCCACAUGGCUGGUGCUGAAUGUGUCAUCCCACAGCGGAGCAGCCGUGCAGGCUGCUGGGGUCACCAAGAUCGCCCGCUCAGUCAUUGCACCACUAGCCAAGCACCAUGUGUCCGUGCUGAUGCUGUCCACUUACCAGACAGACUUCAUCCUGGUGCGGGAGCAGGACCUGUCCAAGGUGAUCCACACGCUGGCCCAGGAGUUUGACAUUUACCGAGAGGUGGGCGGGGAGCCUGUGCCUGUUGCCAGGGCUGAUUCCAGCAACGGCUUUCCCCGUGCCCAGCAUGCAGGGCCCAGCCCCACAGUGCAUCCCAUCCAGAGUCCACAGAACCGCUUCUGUGUCCUCACGCUGGACCCUGAAACACUGCCAGCCAUCGCCACCACCCUCAUCGAUGUCCUCUUCUACUCACACAGUGCCCCCAAGGAGGCAGCCUCUGGCAGUCCUGGACCCAGUUCCAUCACAUUUUUUGCCUUCUCCCUCAUUGAGGGCUAUAUCUCCAUUGUCAUGGAUGCUGAGACACAGAAAAAGUUCCCCAGUGACCUCCUGCUGACCAGCUCCUCGGGAGAGCUGUGGAGGAUGGUGCGCAUCGGUGGACAGCCUCUGGGCUUUGAUGAAUGUGGGAUUGUGGCCCAGAUCGCGGGUCCCCUGGCUGCGGCUGACAUCUCUGCUUACUACAUCAGCACCUUCAACUUUGACCACGCCCUGGUGCCAGAGGACGGCAUCGGGAGCGUCAUCGAGGUCCUCCAGCGACGUCAGGAAGGCCUGGGCUCCUGAGGCCUGAGGAAAACAGCAGCCUCCAUGCUCUUCCCUUGCCCCCAGGCUUCCAGAGACUUCUCUAAGCUAUUUCCUCAAGCUCUGAGAUGAGCCCAUCCCCCAGCCCCCAAUCCUGCCGGGGGAUCCCUCCUUCUGCUCUCUGUCUGUAAGUCGCGUGCAGGCACCAGCUCUCACGUGGACACGUGUGUCUGCCCGAACAGGGGAACGUGGUGCUCAGGGCUUCCACCAGGAAGCCCUCAACCCAUUACUCCCUGAGCGGCCUCGGCAUUUGCACAUUCCCUGCUUGAGGCCUGAGCCAUCCCCCCAUCAGUGCCCUGGGCCAGCUGCUCCCUGGACAGGGCCCUGAUCACCAUUCUGCCUCUGGCUGGGUUGCCUUCUCUGGCCAGGUGAUUUAUGACAGUGCCUCCCCAUCCUGGGGCCUCCAAGAACAGUAUUUUUACAUCUCUUUCUCUUCUAUUUUUAUCAACUUAUUAAUAAAGGGCUUGUAGUGAC